GUGGAGGUGGAUGGGAAACCCAAGAAAAUACGAGGACGACGGCGGCGGCGACGAUUCCAACGAGAGGAGAAGCGCAAGGAGGAUAGGCGGCGGCGGCGACUGGGCGAAAGUGAUCAGAGCUCGCGAGGAUGAAGGCGACGGUGAAGGGCAGGUACGAGGGCGACAAGGCCACGGCCGCCGCCACCCUCGCCUUCACCCCCUCCGCCGCCGACCUCCGCUUCAAGGCCUCCGCCACCGAUGCCGCCUUCGCCCGCGGGCCCUCCCUCGAGGGCCUCAUCCUCACCCUCGAGAAGCCCGGCUCCUUCCUCCUCGACCUCAAGCCCCACUCCAAGGAUGUGCGCUUCCAAUUCAUGAACUCCGCGCUGCUGCUCGACCGCCGCGUCAGCCUCACCUACACGCACUCCACCACCCUCUCCCCGGGCCCCGCCAAGCUGCCCGCCCGCACCGCCCUCGACGGCUCCCUCACCUUCGAUCCGGCCAACAAGCUCAGCCUCUCCCACACGCUCGGCUCCUCCGGAUGCCGCGUCAAGUACUCCUACGCGCACGGCCAAGACCGCCUCACCACCAUCGAGCCCUGCUUCGACACCGCUAACAACGCCUGGGACUUCGCCGUCACCCGCAAGUUUCAAGGAGGGGAUGCCAUCAAGGCCACCUACCAAGCCUCCACCAAGCUCCUCGCCCUCGACUGGACCAGGGACUCCAAGAUCGGUGCCUCCUUCAAGGUCGCAGCGUCAUUUGAUCUGUCUGACCAAAGCAAAGCGCCAAAGCUAAUAGCGGAGAGCACGUGGAAUUACGAGAUCUGAUUGCCUCUUCUAGGAGGCAGGCAACUCCUGCUUAAGAAGCACCCUUGUCAUACUGGUUGUCUUGUACUUGGGAACUAUUCUUUCUGGGUGCAACAAUUUCAAUACCUACUGCCCUUUGUUCAUUUUUGGCUGCCCUAUGAUUGGAGUUGUCAUGGCGAUGCUACGGCAUUGACAAUGAACACCGAUUAUCUUUUACUAUAUUCUCUAAUGCACAUGAUAUGAUUGAACAAAAUGCCUUUGGUGGCGAGAAUUCGAGCAUUGGUGUUUGCUCCUUGUUCAGAUAUACGGUUGAUGUUCUUUCCUUCCUUCUGGGAGCUUGUAAAACGUUGAAUUAGCUUGCCACAUUUUUGUUACAUUUGUUUGGACAAGACAAGGUGGGCAGAAGGCAAAAGAAGGAAGAAGCUAAAGAGUGGUUGUUGAUGAUGUUCUAUACUUCUUCCUUAUCGUACUUAUAUUAUUAAAGAGUGGUUGAAAAGGAACUA